AUGAUGGGCACGUCGAAUUCAUUGCCAGACCUAGAAGCGGCUCGACGCGGGAUGGACGAACAGCAACUCGAGUUGCAAAUGCGGAGCCGGGUCGGGCGCACGGCUUCGACCGACAUUGAGAAGAAAGCGCCUUCCUAUCGCGAUAAGGUAUUAAUCGAGAAGAAGGUCAAGCCGGGCGACACCCUCAAUAAAAUAGCCCUCCAAUAUUCAGUGGCGGUGUCCGACUUGAAACGAGCCAACAACCUGGUGAAUGAUCAGGAUUUUGUGGCACGAAGUGUGAUCAAGAUACCCGUCAGCCGGCUGCGGCACGAGAUGGGCUAUGGCGUUGACGGCACAGAAGAAGACGCAGAGAACGAAGACGACAGAGCGCCAUUAAUAGCCGGUUCACGAGAAUCUCGCGAUGCUUCUGUUGAAGAGAUCUUUCACAAGACCGACAAUAAUAUUGCGCAGGUGCGAGAGACCCUGCCAGAAGAUAGAAUUCCUGGGUCAUAUUUUGUCGACGCUCGGUCGCCCGAAACCGGCUGGUCGAUUUGGUUGCUUCUCGCGGCCGUCGUGAUUGUCUUCAUCAUUAUCCCGCUCGUGCUCACCAUCUACGAGGAGGAAACAAAUGUCGAAAACACUGCCCACAUCAGCCAGGCCGUCGGACAAAAUAAA